AUGAUAAUUUCAAACUACGAAAUCGGUAAUGAAAUUGGGUCGGGGGCUUUCGGCACCGUCAACAUUGGCGAGGACCGAACGACGGGCGAAAAAGUAGCAGUAAAGUGCAUCUCGAAAAGCAGGAUCCAGAAAAGCAACAUGGGCUCGCAGGUCAAGAGGGAGAUCACAACCAUGAAGAAGUUGCACCAUCCAAAUAUCGUGAGCAUCCGGGAGGUUCUGAUGUCGAACACGCACCUGUACCUCGUGCUCGAGUACGCCGGGGGAGGGGAACUUUUCACAAAAAUCGCUAAUCAGGGAAAGCUUCCCGAUAAACUAUCCAAGAGAUACUUCAAACAGAUCAUGGACGGGGUGAGAUUUUGUCACAACCUCUACAUCUGCCACCGAGAUAUAAAGCCGGAAAACAUCCUGCUAGAUUCCGACGACAACGUCAAAAUCGCAGACUUUGGGUUCGCGUCCAUCAUGGAGCCCGAAGUAGGUUCGGAUCAACAGGCAGACAACGGACGCUCGGGUCUUUCUUCCAUCGACGAGGAGUCCGAGCAGUCGGGCACCAUCGAACCGUUGCUCGACUUCGUACCCGACACGUCCUCUCCACGGCAGCAGCCUCACGCAAACAAGUUUCGAAACCUGCCGUCCAAAGUGAUGCAAAAAAUGUCAACCAUGUGCGGAACGACACAGUACAUGGCACCCGAGAUAGUCAACAGAGACAGCUACAGAGGAGACAAGGCUGACAUCUGGUCGUGCGGCGUUGUCCUUUUCGUUCUUCUAACAGGAGGUCUCCCUUUCGACUCGGACGAUCCAUACAUCGUCGUGCAGAAAAUCAAGAACGGGCGCUUCAUCAUACCGUCGUUCAUCUCGGAUCUCGCGCGAGAUGUUAUUUCGAAACUCCUGACGCCCAACCCACUGGUUCGACCGGGCGCGAGGACUAUUCUCGACCACGAAUGGUUCAGCGACGCGGGUCCUCUCCCACCCCCUGCUCUCACACCGAGCUCGUUGCCACGAGUCAGGAGUAACCUACCAACUCCCGUGAAAAAACACACCCACACACUUGUUUCCGAGAAGGAUCGAAAAAACGUGCUAAAGCUAUGUUUGUCCGAGUCCAAGUCUCGGGUCGUAAACAUCUUGCGAAAGAACGCGUGGAUGCAGAAACCCGACGAUGGAGCAUCAAUCAAGGCUUCCAAGAUGACGCCCACGGGGCUGGCCAUGAUACAGGUCUUGGUGGAAAAAAUGAACCAAACCGAGACCGAAGUCGGGAUUGAGGUUUUUGGUAGACAGAAGAACUCGGGAGCGCGAGAGAUCAAUAAACUAGUCAACGACAUCAAGGCACUCAGUUCCUGA